GACCGGCCCCGCUGCCGGCCCGCCCCGGGGAGGAAAGCCUCUAGGACCCGGGGAAGCCCGCCGGCCGCUCCACCCUCCCAGAUAGCCCGUAUGGGCGGUGUCCGAGCGCCGACCAUGGGUCCGGGGGCAGACGAAAGCCGCGGGGCCGCCGAGGUUGCUCCGCCGCCUUUCGUGCGAGUCGCCCCCUCGCUCUUUCUCGGGAACGCGCGAGCCGCGAGAGCGACGGAGCUGCUGGCGUGCGCGGGCGUCACACUGUGCGUGAACGUCUCACGCCAACAGCCCGGUCCGCGCGCUCCCGGCGUGACCGAGCUGCGCGUGCCCGUCUUCGACGAUCCAGCCGAGGACCUGCUGGCGUACCUGGAGCCCACCUGCGCCGCCAUGGAGGCCGAGGUGCGUGCCGGCGGCGCCUGCCUGGUCUACUGCAAGAACGGCCGCAGCCGCUCGGCCGCCGUCUGCACCGCCUACCUCAUGCGGCACCAAGGCCUCAGUCUGACGAGGGCCUUCCAGAUGGUGAAGAGCGCCCGCCCAGUAGCUGAGCCCAAUGCAGGUUUCUGGUCUCAGCUCCAGAAAUAUGAGGAAGCCCUCCAGGCUCAGUCCUUCCUGCCCAGGGAGCCCUUGGGGACAGCUCUUCCAAGCGGCAGCAAAGCCACCCAGCCCUAGGGAUGAUUCCUGACUGCUCAAGCAGAGCAAAUGGCAGGGCCUGCGGCCCCAGGAAAGAAAAGGUGGGAAGGGUGCGCUGCUCUGAUAGGAGGCUGGUCGCUCCCCUCCUUCCUCAAUAUUACCCAGAGUUUUCAUGUUUCCCUCCAUUUAGUCUCAUCUCCCUGAAUCGCAGCCCAAGCCUCUGUCCCCUCUUGGUGGUGCAGAAGUGUAGGAGGGCCCACACCCGGACACAUACUGUCCCUCCGUCUGGUCUACUCGGUUUAUUGGGCUUUGGCCAGAAAAAUCUAAACCACUUGAAUUUUAUGCAGUCGGAUGCAAGAUGGAGGCAGGAAAUUGAGGACAGGAGAUCGGUGUCACAGGUACCCACCACCUGGAUCUGAGCUCCCAGCUCAACCUUCUGCCAAGUCACAGUACAUCUCCUGCCUCCCGCCUCGCACACCUCUCACUGGUCCCAUGGCCUAGAAGGGGUGCAGGCCUGCAGGGCUGAGACUGGGGAACUGGAGAAGCAGGGGAACUGCAGCCUGUGCUGACAAACCACCCAGCCUGGGCACUACUGGGGCCUCAGAGUCUGUACCAGCCACCCACCUUGACCUCUCUGCUUCAGUCACUUUCAUAGCCAUUGUCAAGCCAGCAAUGGACUGGUUCUCUCCGGUGUGGAGGAUCC